UCCCGUCCCAUGAUGAACUUGUGUGGCUGGUUUGAUAUGAGGGUGUUGCUGUUUCAACGCUGUUGAUGAAUUUUGAUGGCUCCACGAUCCAUAGCUGAGCUGUUUUGAAGUAUAUCGGUACCAGUGGAGUAACAAAUCAAAGCCAGCCCAAGCGACCACUGAAGGAUUCUCACAACAUGAGCAUGAGCACGUCCUCCGGUGGCCCGACCCCCUUGGACCACGGGGUCCAGAUCCGCUUCAUCAAGGACCUCCAGGACGCCCGUGGUGGCGGGGUCCCGGGCCCCCAGCCUAGGACCAAGCCCCGUCCUGCCUCCAAAUAUGGGGUGGCGGUGAGGGUGCAGGGGAUCGCCGGCCUGCCGUACGUGGUCCUGAAGGACGGAGGGGAGAAGGGGGACUCGUAUGGCGUGCAGCUGAAGACGCACUACCCCCCCGGCUACGGCAGCCUCCCGCGGCGCAGGGAGAAGGCGGAGGUUGGGGAGCAGGGGGGGGAGGUCAUGUACGGAGGAGGCGGAGGCGGAGGAGGAGAAGGAGGAGGGGCGCUACGCAGGGCCCAGUCACAUGGCUCGCUGCUGGACCGGGACGGGGAGGAGCCGGGAGGAGGCGAGGAGUUCCAGCUCAGGCGGCCCCCGGGGGACGGGAGGUCGGGUAGCUAUGGCAACCUCGAUGGAGGGCUGGUCGUCGGGAGGGAGAGAGAGGGUGCCAGGGGAGGGGCCGUCAGAGAGGCGGACCAGAGCGGGCGUUAUCAGAACGGCUCCCUCGAUGGAACGAGGGGGGUCCAGGUCAGGCCCAACCCCCCUCCUCCUGCUCCUCCUCCUCAAACCACGGAGCUCCACUCUGGCCAAAGACGGAUCACCCCUGUCAACAGACUGAUCAACAGGUUUGAUGGCCGAGGAGGAGGAGGAGGAGGAGGAGGAGGAGGAGGAGGAGGAGGAGGAGGUGCUGGUGCUGGUGGAGCCGAGCAACAAAGGGUCUACUCUCCACGACCGGAAGACCCCAGAGAGGCCUCCCCUGUGCUCACCCCCAAUCCCUACUCCUCCAGGCCCUCCUCCACCGACAGCAGCCUGGGACGGAACCAGAGCUCUGCCUCCAGUGGGCCUCAUCAGUGGUCUCCAACUGGGAGAGCAGUAGCUGUGGACAACAACAACAGCGCUCCCAUCCAUAACUCAGAGAAAAACGUGACCCCUGACCUUUUAUUGGACCAGGGUCAGGUGGUGAACGAGGAAGAGGAACAGCUCAUGCAGACCCUGUACAGCAUCCUGAGAGACGGAACCAGUGAGAGUGAGGUUGCCAUCAGGCAGAAAGUCCAGGUCAUAUUUCAGAAGGUCCAGAGCCUCAGGUCCAGGGACGGGUCCGGUGCGGAGUGGAGGAAAGAGAAGCGGGAGCUGGAGAGGAGCCUGGGCGACCUGCAGGCCGCUCUGAAGGAGGAGAGGAGGGUAGGUGGAGCCCCAUGGGGCUCCAGUGGCAGGCCGGACCCUGCUCUCCGAGAGCAGCUGGAGUCGUCCCUGGACGAGAACAUCCAGCUCCAGGAGAUGCUUGGUCGGAAGAACAAGGAGUUCCACCAAACACAGUCUGAGCUGAUUCAGCUUCGCAUGGAGAGGGAGAACGCAGAGACACGGGUCAGGGAUGUGGAGGACCAGCUGGCUGGGCUCCAGGACGAGCUGAGGGAGAGCAGCAGGACGGAGUUGGCGGGCUUCCAGGCCCAGCUGGCGGAGGCGUCCCAGCUGAAGCAGCGUCUGGAGGAGGGCCUGCGGCAGCGGGAGAGGGAGCUGACGGCGCUGAAGGGCGUGCUGAAGGACGAGGUGGCCUCGCACGACCGCGAUAUGGAGAGCCUGCGGGAGCAGUACAGCACCGACAUGGAGAAGCUCCGUGGCAGCAUGGAGCAGGUGUCCCAGUCCCAGGCGGGGAUCGAGGCGGAGCGUCUGCGGGUCAACUCCUCGGUGCGCUCCCUGCAGCAGCAGCUGGAGGACUGCCGGGACGAGAGCAGCCACUGGAUGGAGCAGUUCCACACCACCAAGGAUGAGCUGCGCACCACCCGGCAGGAACUGCUGAAGGUGCGUCUGGAUAAGGAGGAGUUUGAGGAGGAGCUGAAGGAGCUCCAGGGACGGGUGAGCUCCAUGAAGCAGCAGAUACCUGACCCCAGCCACGCAGAGUCCCUCUCAAAGGAGCUCUCGAGUUCCCGUUCAAACCUGCUGAAAGUGCAGUCAGAGGUGGAGAAGCACAGGACUGACAUGGACAGGAAGGUGAUGGAGGUGAUUUCCUUGAAAAAGGCCCACCAGGAACAGGAGGCGGAGCUCAAGUAUGAGAUUGACAGGCUGAAGGAGCAAUUGAAGAAGGCCAAAGAGGAGUUCGCCAAGGAACAACAAAGAAGCAAAAAGCUUCCAGACCCAUCGGUCGUCUCCGAGAUGGAGCAGAAGCUCGGGGAGGCCAAAGGGGAGGGGACCCGCCUUCAGGAGAAGCUCUCAUUGGUCGAGGCGGAGCUACAAUCUACCAAGACCUGCCUUUGCAGAGCGCGGACGGAACUAGCCGAUCUCAGAGACUCUGAGAAGGAGCAGGAGGAAGCCAGCAAACGCAUCAGAGAUAAAUUCGUACGCCUUGAGGCGCAGCUGCAGAGCAGCACCUCAGAGAGCUCUGAGCUGGAGGUGGCCCUUCACAGCGAGAUCAGGGGGCUGAAGUCGGAGCUAGAUGAGGCCAAGAGGACAGCCUCCCGCCUGGGCCAGGAGACCAUAGAGCUCCGGCAGAGCCUGGAGGUCCGGGAGAGGGAGAAGGAGGCGCUGGCUCAGUCCCACAGCCAGCUGGAGGAGGCCCGGCUACAGCAGGAGAAGGCUCUAGAGAAACUUCUCAGGGAGCAUGAGUCGGUGCAGGGCUCGUCCAGAGAGGAGGUGCAGAUUCUGCGGGCCCAGCUGGAGGAGCAGCGGGAGAAGACGCGUAAGGAGACUCAGGAGGCCCAUCGCCACGGCAACGACGCUCAGGCUGAUCUGGAAAGGAGCCAGGCCAGUCUGAGGAGGCUGGAGGAGGAGAUGUCGCGGCAGAAGAAGGAGCUGCUGCUGGCGUGUGAGGAGCGGGACAACCACCAGCUGGACCGAGAGCUGCUGACUAACAGACUGCGCCACCUGGAGGGAGAGCUGGAGAACAGCAAGAACAGCCACAGCGAGAAGAGCCGCGAGAACCGCCUGCUGGAGGACAAGAUGAAGCGGCUGGAGAUGGAGCUGGAGGAGGAGAAGGGCAACGCCGAGAUGCUGAUGGACCGGGUCAACCGCAGCCGGGACCAGAUCGACGCGCUGCGCUCGGAGCUGCUGCAGGAGAGGUCCUCCAAGCAGGACCUGGAGCUGGACAAGACCACCAUGGAGAGACACCUGAAGGAGUUGAAGAGCCGCCUGGCGGACAUGGAGGGCCAGUCUCGCUCCUCAGCAGGUGUCUCUCAGCUGGAGCUCCAAGUCCAGGAGCUGGAGGAACGUCUACGCAGUGAGGACAGGGAGAAGAACUCAAUGGUGGCGUCCCAGCGUCGCCUUGAGAGAAAACUGAAAGAGCUCAGCAUGGCCCAGGACGAGGAGAGACAGCAGCACACGGAUCAGAGAGACCAGCUCACCCUGCGGGUGAAAGCCCUGAAGCGGCAGGUGGAUGAGGGGGAGACGGAGGUGGAGCGUGUGGACGGGCUGAGGAGGAAGGCCCAGCGGGAGAUGGAGGAGCAGCUGGAGCAGAAGGACGCGCUCCAGACCCGCAUCAAAGCGCUGGAGACAGAGCUCAAGAGGAAGACCCAGGCGGUGAGACGCCAGGCCCUGGAUUCCUCCGCCCUCAGCUCGGAGGACGACGAUGACGACCACCUGUACGACCCCUCCGGCAUCACCUCCUACCUCACCGAGAGCAACCUGCAGACCAGCUCCUGCUAGGCCCCCCCCCCCCCCCCCCCCCCCCCCCCCAGGGCAGGGCGCUGGGUCUCUAAGGGGAAACCACAGUGGUAUGGGGCGGGGGAGUUUAGGUGGAUUGGUCAAGUCUGAAAUGAAAUGGCUAUAGUGUAGUGGGGGGAGGAUUGCCCUUGUGUUGAAGCAAUACAGAGAUUAGUCCAGGAGAGUAGCUAUUAAAAGGCCUCGAGGUGAAUUGGAGGAAACGCAGGAUGUGGAGGAGCUUUCCUCGGAAUAUGACACUGACACUAUGGGUGCACAGAUCUGGCCUGCUGUAGUUGUGGAUGUCAGCCAGACAACAAGGCAGGGAAUGGUGCUGCGGUACAUUCCAGGAUGAGUUGAGGAAGCCGGGAUUUUCAGUGAAAAUGACACUGUAUGCAUUCUGUAUUUGUGUUAUAAUACUGAGCCUAAUGCCUCAUUUGAAUCAGGACUUUGCUCUUGUUUCUUGAAACUUAUAUUUACAAUUGAUUUGGAUUGAAUAAUGUAAAACCUUUUAGGUCCUUUCCUUCAGAGUUCACUAUUUCCAGUGUAAGUGAUUCCUACAUCACUCGCCUCAACUCACAGUUCAUUUAUGCACACCUUAUUUUUCUUUGUUGAUUGUUUUGUUGAACCUGUAUGACAUUAUGCAUAAUAAUCAAUGUUGGAUUUUAGUUAGUUUUGUAAUAGAGCCGCAUGGACCAACUGUUGGUUAAAAAGUUUAUGAUUACCACAAGUGUCUUUUGGACAAACAGUUUGUACAAGGAUGGUGCAAUGGCUGUUCCUGGCCAAUGGGGCCAAAGCCUUGUGAUGAGAUGGCUAAUAUUUCAUCAACCAUAUCUUAUGAUUUCACUGUUGAAAAUGUUCCUAUAAAGUGUUAAGACUCUUCUUUACCAAUCGUGUUUUUGAUCUAGUUUUCACAGUUUUGUAGGCUAGCUAUAAAGGGAAAUACACCAGCAUUUUAAUGUUUAAUAGUAUUGGCCUAGGAUAGAUACCGCUUAAUGCCUAUACCAUGGUGGCAGGCAGUUGGAGAUCUGAAUCCCUAUGAAUAAAAUUACUUUUGUAUAUAAGGAUAAUUUCCAGGAGUAGACAGGGUAAGAGUGGAAACUAUUUUCCAAGUACGAGGGUCCAAAUCAUCUUCUUAGGAUGAAUCUUCAUGUGUAAAUUAACACAUUUUAUGAGAAGAUAUUUAAAUCAAUAUCUCGAGGGAGAAAAUGUGCCUGUUUGAAUACAAUGUCUACAAAUGUGUGUGACUGAGUUCAUCUAUUUUGGAGCGGUUAUGGGCGAUAUAUUUUCUCUGUACAUAGAUAGAAAGCUAGACACAGCCACACAACUUCUAUGCAUUCCCUUUUGUAAUGUAAUCUAACCUCUUUAAGAAUCUUUUUUCUUUUUAAAGAAUGUCUAAUUUAGUAGACCUUGAAACUAUUUGUAUACGUUACCUAAUAUUUUUGAAAACAUUUUUAGCAAUCAGUAGCUAUUAAUGCAAUUAUUCGAACUGCCAUGCAGAUCUGUCUCACUUCAAAUGAUUUAUGUUUAGUGGUUAGAACAUGGUAUCUUUAAUGAUUCUGCACUGUGAAUUUAUACUGUACUACUCUUUUUUUGUAAUGGCCCCAAUAAAAUGUAUGUAUAAGCAGA